CUCACUCACGAGCGGAUGAUGGUGUUUGACAGAAUGGAUUAGGAGUUUUCUUUUAAUUUAAGAGAAAAAUAAUAAGAAAAAAACGGAGGACAAAUGAUUCGGAUAAUUCAUUCUGACUUCGCGUAACUGUUUGCGCCUGCUGUAUUUUUUUUAUAUCGUACUUCAUACCAGUUGUAUUAACGGUUUUAACCGUUAUUUGUUGUUUUUCCGUCAAAACGCUCACGAGCGCGUUAUAGACUAAAGCUAGCUCAGUUAGCAUAAAAGUUUAAUAUCUUUUAUUUUUGUCGUUUAAGAUUAGUUUUUUUACUUGUUUUCUUUUUUUUAUAACGAUGGGCUUUCUAUAUAAAGUUUUGAACCUUUCUACUUUUGUCAGCAUCCUCCAGGUACUUGGUGACAAGGCUGCACCAUCCAAGCAUUCAGGCCUGGAUGUGCUGGCCACAGCAUCACACUACUGGUCACUGGAUGACGUAGACGGGAUCUACAGCCUGAGGGAGCAGAUUAUAAAUAGAACAGCACUCAGAAUCCACAACCACACUGUCCUGCCUACCCAUAACUCUUCCUCUGUGUACGCCAAUGACUCUGCCUACACUAAUAUUUCCGUCUCUGUAGACAUCGUAGAAGGAGUGCUGAACAAAGGCAUCUACCUGAACAGGGCGAAAGGAGACACCUUCCUCCAUUUCGGCACCUUCAAGAACUCAUGCAUCAGUGACCCAAGCCUGUGUGGACCUCAAGGGAUCACAUUCUCCUUCUUCUGGAAGAACCAGAAGUCCCAUUCCAACUUCACUAUAAUGAAAGGGAAAAUCGUCUCCAAUGGCUUCUCUGUCUACACCGACUCUCGCGGAGGAUACGUUGAGUUCUUCACCAAGGAAAACACUCGCCGCUGGAAAGCAAAAAUCAACCUGCCAGGACCUUUCUGGACAAACAUUCUAUUCACGUGGACCCUUACAGACGGCCUAAAGAUCUACGUAAACGGCACGUUUAACGCCAGCGACGCCCAAGGCGACGUCUCGCAGAACUACGCCGAUGCGAACGCAAACAUGGUGAUCGGAUCGGGACCCAACACCUCCAACAGGCAGUCUGUCCCAGUGACCUUUAACGAGUUUGUCAUUUGGGAGCGAGCUCUUUCCGCCAAAGAGAUCUGGCUCUUCUAUAACGCUGCAAUAGGUAAGCACGUGGUUUAUCCUCCAACUACAGGAUCUCCUUCCUUCAUCAACACUACAACAGGCGCCCCCCUGCAGGAAACAACAACAUCACUCCACAUAACUACCUCUAACUCCACAGAGAUUCAGGACUCUUCAGUGCAAAUGUCGGUGCAAGGCGUUCUCCAGUCCUCUUUCAUCUUGCCCAAUAAGACUAUUCCCGAGAGUACGGCCUACAAUCUGACACAGUCAUUUCUGAAGAGCGUCGACGAGGUGAUAUCCUUGCGAGGAGACGUGGAGCCAUCAACUCCUGUAGUCAGUGGACUAAUAGAUACAGUGGACAAAGUCAUGGGGCACAUGGUGUCCAACCUCAAGGCUGAACCGUCUUCUGUUGUCACUGUUGGUGGAAAGAGCUAUGUUGCAGAUUACUCUUUGAUGAAGUUCCCGCAAAAUUAUAACAUGCAGAACUACAGAUUUCCAACACAAGGCAAGAAUUACAUCUCAGUGCCAGGAGAGGCCUUUACUACAGAAUCCCAGACUACAAUCGUAGGCCUUUUCUACCACAGCAUGCACAACUACUACAAACAGAUCAGCCCUCUGAGGACCAGGAUCAACGAGGCGGUGGAAUUUAAGGACCAUAAGAUCCAGGUAGCCAGCCACCUGAUCUCCUUAAAGGUGGAGCCCUCUCCUGCCCUCUCGGUCAACCUGUCGUCGGAGCCGCUGAUCAGGAUCAUGCUAACACACCAGCUGAGCAAAGAACAACAACUUCAGGCCAUAAACGAGAGCAACAAAGUCUUCCUCUACUGCGCCUUCCUGGAUUACAGCACUAAGGAAGGCGUAUGGUCCAAUAACGGUUGUAAGAGAGCUGGAGGCAACCUGACGUACUCUGUGUGCGUGUGCAACCACCUAACCAACUUCGCCAUCCUCAUGCAGGUGGUUCCUGUGGAGCUCGCUAAGAGCCAUCAGGUCGCACUCUCCACCAUUACUUAUGUGGGCUGCUCCAUCUCCAUCUUCUGUCUGGCCAUCACCCUCGUCACCUUCGCCGUGCUCUCGUCUGUGAGCACCAUACGGAACCAGCGCUAUCACAUCCAUGCUAACUUGUCUUUCGCCAUCCUGGUGGCUCAGAUCCUUCUGCUCAUCAGCUUCCGCUUUGAACCCGGGACAUUACCCUGUAAGGUAAUGGCUGUGCUGCUUCACUUCUUCUUCCUGUGUGCGUUCGCCUGGAUGCUGGUGGAGGGGCUUCAUCUCUACAGCAUGGUGAUCAAAGUGUUCGGCUCCGAGGGCAGCAAGCACUUCUACUACUACGGCAUCGGCUGGGGGUCCCCGGUGGUCAUAUGCGUCGUGUCCAUAACGUCGUCGCUGAGCAGUUACGGAGAGGACGGAAACUGCUGGCUGUCUCUGAAGAACGGCGCUAUAUGGGCAUUCGUGGCUCCCGCUCUCUUUGUCAUUUUAGUAAACAUCGGUAUCCUCAUCGCUGUGACGAGGAUAAUCUCCAGAAUCAGUGCAGAGAACUACAAAGUGCACGGAGACGCCAACUCUGUCAAGCUUACUGCUAAAGCCGUAGCCGUCCUCUUGCCCAUCCUGGGCAUCUCGUGGAUCUUCGGCGUUUUGGCCGUAAACGAUCAGUCCUUCCUCUUCCAGUACAUGUUUGCAGUUUUCAACUCUCUGCAGGGCUUCUUCAUCUUCCUCUUCCACUGUCUGCUAAACUCAGAGGUCAGGGCUGCGUUCAAGCACAAGACCAAAGUGUGGUCUCUGACCAGCAGUUCCAUCCGCAACAUCAACGUCAAGCCUUUCAAUUCAGACAUUAUGAACGGUAACAGAGGUGGCGCGAGCCCGACGAGGAUGAACACGUGGGACAAAAGCACCAACUCAGCUAAUCGCAUCGACCUGUCUGCGGUCUAAGGCGGUCAACGGACGACGGCUACUGAACGCAAAAAAUAAAAAAUAAAAUAGUGAAAAUCGUACUUCUGCUCAGAUACACUGGCUGACUUGGCCACCGUUCCUUCUCACGACGAUUUGGCGGUUUAACGACGUCCUCACAUGACCGGGUGAAGAGAAGACCUCGGCUAGUAUUAGACUUCUUAACAGAUUUCACUCCCUCUCACUGACACCACUCACUCUACGAAGACAACGCAACAAGAGCCAUAAUAAUGAAAGACAAAAAGUCACAGAUGAAAACACAAGACUCGUGUUGGAUAACUAUUCUCUGUUCAAAGCGUCCUCCUCGUUACUCCAGUAGCUGCUGGAUUCCACUGCUGUCUGUGACUUGACACUAAACUGUGACACGGGAUGCGUCUCGCUCGGGACGAGGAGUUUUCGUUUUUUGUUCCCCCCCCCCAUCGUGCUGCCACUACAUUAAACUCUGCUUUUACAGAUCUCAGUCCUAGUGUCUGAUUAGACGAAAUGAAAAGCAGGCCCGGGUUACAGAGGGUAGCCAUGUGGUGCUUUCCAUUUCAGAGGCACGUUAGCGUUUAGCUGGCGAGAUUUCACGGCUGCAACAAAAGACAUUCCUGAAAGAUGAACCAAACGCGUAGCGUUCCAUUGCUGUGUCGUAUUUCCUUGCACAUAUCGUGCUGUAGGUCUCUCUCUCUGUCUCUGUCUCUGUCUCUCUCUCUCUCGUUCUGCAGAUUUGUUCUGUAAAUUAUUGCUUUCACAAAUAUCUACUGUUUAGUGUAACGUGGACAAGACGGUUUAGUGUCUUCGAUUUCCCCCCAAAGCCCCCCACCCCUUCCCAAAAGUUAUUAACGGAAAUCAUUCUCUAACUAUAUUUUAAGUUCUUUAACUGGCCGUCUGAGCUCUGAGACCAAAGUGAGAACUGUUAAAACAGUAAAACGUGUGACAUCUAGGAAUUCGUCCCGUUGUGAUUAGCAGAACGGAUCUGAUGUCCUGUGAGACAUCCCGACUGUAUUCUCAUCAGCUUUUGUGCCAAAUGUAGCUCGUAUAUAUUAAGUGUUAAAUUGUUGAAAAGCUGAGGCCGGGUUUCUCGUUUCCUUUAAACUUUAUUACUGUAGUUUCUAUCUUUAUAAUAUUUAAAGUAUACAAUGAUGUAAUUGUGACGUACACCAUGGGUUCUUAUGUCAGAAGGCUGUUUUUUUUUUUUUUUUUUUCAUUUUCAUUCCUUG